AUGGCGGAUUCGGACGCUGGGAGGCCGCUGAGAAAAAUCUCGACGGCUUUCAAGGAACUAGCGGCCACCGUGAAUUCGCCGAGCCCGGAAGUGCCUGUGGCGCAAUUCUCUCACGCUUGCUCUCUGGUGUCGCCUCUCUUUGGUUGCCUCGGAAUAGCCUUCAAGUUCGCGGAAAUGGACUAUGUUGCCAAGGUGGAUGAUCUUGCGAGGGCGUCGAGUUCAAUAUCGACAUUACUGGUGAUGGUGGACAAAGAUAUUGAGGCUAACUGCGUAAGGAAAGCUGGUAGUCAUACGAGGAACCUCUUGAGGGUGAAGCGUGGUCUUGACAUGGUCAGGGUUCUCUUUGAACAGAUAAUAGCUUCCGAAGGUGAUAACUCCUUGAAGGAUCCAGCAUCGAAGUCUUAUGAUCAAGUGUUUGCUCCCCACCAUGGAUGGGCUAUACGGAAAGCUGUUUCUCUAGGGAUGUACGCUCUUCCCACAAGGGCUCACCUACUUAAGAUGCUCAAUGAGGAUGGUGAGUGCAUGAACUAG